GUGGGCCGAGGCGAAGCGCGCUGGCAAAGCACCAAAGGUGAUGCUGGCAUCUACACACAUCAAGGCGCUUGAUUUCGUGAGCCUGUCAGACCUGGUGGCACAUGCUGCGGACAAGGAGGAGGCCGAGGCUGAGGCUGUGGCUGCGAAACAGGGCGGCAGCAGCAGCAGCGAAUGCGCUGGAGAAGACGGCAGCAGUGGCGGCCCGACUGUGUUUUGA